GCUUCCUGGAGCCAUUUUUCAGCUGCCGGCCGCAGCACCCGGGCUGCCGCCGCCGCUCCGCAAUCCGUUGCAUCGGCCGCCCCCGACGCCUCCAUCCCCCCUCGGGGCCCGAUAUCCGUGCGGCCGGGACCCUCCUCUCUCCAGAGCCCCGAUUAUUUUUGGGCCCCGGGGCCCGGGCGCUGCGGAAAAAUAAAAAGAACCGAGAGAGAGAGAGAGAGAAGGGGCUCGGAGGCGCCGGGCGGGGAGGCCGGCGCGAGGAGAGACUUGGAAACUCCGGCUGCACAUAAUAAAGCGCUUGAAAGCAAAACGUGCACACACGCUCCCCACCGCGCGCGCCGCCGCGAGCCAUGCGGAGGGGGAUCCGGCCCGCCCCGGAGCAGCACCCGCUGACCGCCGGGGGCGGGCAGGGGGCGGCCGCCGUCGCCGUCGCCGCCGCAGCCUCCAUGGACAAAAGGGCGCUGCUGGCCGGCCCCGGCCUCCCCGCCGCCGGCCCCGGCGCGUUCCUCCAGCUCCUGCGCGCGGGCCCGGCCGCCGGCGCCGGCUGCUCCUCCUCCGCCCCGCGGAGCGGCGCGCCGGCCGCCGGCCCCCUCCUCCCCAGUGUCCCCGGCGCGGAGCCGGCCGCCGGCAGCCUGCUCGACUCCACGCCGCACGGACCCUCCAGCCGAGCCGCGCUGCUGCAGCCCCCGGCGCCCGGCCGCGAGGGCGGCCCUCCGGCAAAGCGAAGGCUGGAGCUAGGAGAAAGCGGUCAUCAGUACCUCUCAGAUGGUUUAAAAACCCCCAAGGGCAAAGGAAGAGCUGCACUCCGAAGUCCAGAUAGCCCAAAAACUCCAAAAUCUCCCUCAGAAAAAACACGGUAUGAUACGUCACUUGGUCUGCUCACCAAGAAGUUCAUUCAGCUGCUGAGCCAAUCACCUGAUGGGGUCUUGGAUUUGAACAAGGCGGCAGAAGUGCUCAAAGUACAAAAGAGAAGAAUCUAUGACAUCACCAACGUGCUGGAAGGCAUCCACCUCAUUAAGAAGAAGUCUAAAAACAACGUGCAGUGGAUGGGCUGCAGUCUGUCUGAGGACGGGGGCAUGCUGGCCCAGUGUCAAGGCCUGUCAAAAGAAGUGACCGAGCUCAGUCAGGAAGAGAAGAAAUUAGAUGAAUUGAUCCAAAGCUGCACCCUGGACCUCAAACUGUUAACCGAGGAUUCAGAGAAUCAAAGAUUAGCUUAUGUUACAUAUCAAGAUAUUCGAAAAAUUAGUGGCCUUAAAGACCAAACUGUUAUAGUUGUGAAAGCCCCUCCAGAAACAAGACUUGAAGUGCCUGACCCAAUAGAGAGCCUACAAAUACAUUUGACCAGUACCCAAGGACCCAUUGAGGUUUACUUGUGUCCAGAAGAGACUGAAACACACAGUCCAAUGAAAACAAACACCCAAGACCACAAUGGGAAUAUCCCUAAACCCACUUCCAAAGACUUGGCUUCAACCAACUCAGGACAUAGUGAUUGCUCGAUUUCUAUGGCAAACCUUUCUCCUCUGGCCUCCCCAACCAACCUUUUACAGCAGACUGAGGACCAAAUUCCUUCCAACCUAGAAGGACCAUUUGUGAACUUACUGCCUCCCCUGCUCCAAGAAGACUAUCUCCUAAGCCUUGGGGAGGAAGAAGGCAUCAGCGAUCUCUUCGAUGCUUAUGAUUUGGAAAAGCUCCCCCUGGUGGAAGACUUUAUGUGUAGUUGAUUAUGCUUUGUGUGAACUCCCCUUAUAAACCAAUAUUUUUUUAUCCUGGAACCAGAACAUCUGUCAUGCAGUGUUGUCCCUUCCUACCUUCUUCCUCCAAGAUAGUAUCAUGAAGUAAACUGUAAACUUCAGAACAAAGCUGACAUUUUAAUCAAUUGAAAAAAAAAAUUUUUUUUUUUUUUU